AUGGGAUCUUCGUUGUCUAAUUUAACAGAACAAUGGGGACCGGUGGGGUCAGAUAAUGGGCUAGGGCUGGGUGACAUACCUCAGAGCUAUGUAGCUUGUGUUUUUCUGUAUCUAACUCCCCUGGAAAUUUGUAACUUAGUCCGUUUAAAUCGGGCUUUUCGCGACGCUGCUUCGUCGGAUGCCGUCUGGGAAUCCAAGCUUCCUGGGAAUUAUCAACAUCUUUUGGAGUUAUUGCCGCCUGACAAGUAUCAGAAUCUGUGUAAAAAAGAUGUUUUUGCUCUUUUUUCACGCCCAGUUCCCUUUGAUGACGGUAAUAAGCAAACUUUGCCGAACUAG